AUGGCCCCUGAUCUCAACUCACUCCCCCCCUCCAACGGGGAGACCUCUGCGGCUCCUCACCUCUCCCCUGAUGCCGAGAGACCCAACAUUCUCUUCAUCAUGGCCGAUCAGCUGGCCGCUCCCCAGCUCAAGAUGUACAACCCCAACUCCCAAAUCAAGACACCCAACCUCGACCGUCUUGCUUCCACUUCAGUCCAGUUCGACUCUGCGUACUGCCCAUCACCCCUCUGCGCCCCCUCGCGCAUGAGUUUGAUCAGUGGCCAGCUGCCCAUGAAGAUUGGUGCCUACGACAACGCCGCCCAGAUCGGCUCCGAUGUUCCCACUUAUGCCCACUACCUGCGAGCCAAGGGUUACCACACUGCUCUUGCUGGCAAGAUGCACUUUAUUGGUGACCAGCUCCACGGUUAUGAGCAGCGUCUGACCAGUGACAUCUACCCUGCCGACUUUGGCUGGGCCGUCAACUGGGACGAGCCUGACACCAGGCUUGAGUGGUAUCACAAUGCCAGCUCUAUCCUCCAGGCCGGUCCUUGCGGCCGAAGCAACCAGCUCGACUAUGACGAGGAGGUCAUGUUCAAGAGCACUCAGUACCUGUGGGACCACGUUCGUGAGGGCCCCAAGAAGCGACCAUUCUGCUUGACUGUUUCUCUCACCCACCCCCACGACCCUUACACCAUCACCAAGAAGUACUGGAACUUGUACGAGGACGUCGACAUUGCCCUGCCUGAGGUCAAGGUUGCCAAGGAGGACCAGGACCCCCACAGCAAGCGACUUCUCAAGGUCUGCGAUCUUUGGGACCAGAACUUUACCGAUGAGCAGAUCAAGCGAGCCAAGCGAGCUUACUAUGGCUCUGUGAGCUACGUCGAUGACUGCAUUGGCAGACUGCUUGAGACUCUUGAGGACGCUGGCCUGGCUGAAAACACCAUUGUCAUCUUCAGCGGCGACCACGGUGACAUGCUUGGUGAGCGUGGCCUCUGGUACAAGAUGAGCUACUUUGAGUCGUCCGUCCGCGUUCCCAUGUUGAUCAACUACCCCAAGCGCUUCGCUCCCCACCGUGUUACCCAGAACGUGUCGACUCUUGAUCUCCUGCCUACGAUCUGCGACCUGGUUGGAACCAAGCCGGCCCCCUACCUCCCCAUGGACGGAAUCAGCAUGCUGCCUCACCUUGAGGGCCGCGAAGGCCACGACACUGUCAUUGCUGAGUACACUGGCGAGGGCACCGUUCGUCCCAUUAUGAUGAUUCGACGAGGUGACUGGAAGUACAUCACCUGCCCGGCUGAUGAGCCCCAACUCUACAACUUGGCCCGAGACCCCAAGGAACUGGACAACCUGGCCCGAUUCAAGAAGAUCCUGCCCAAGACCCCCGAGGAGGAGGAAGCCAAGGAUGCCAUCCUCAAGUUUGAGGCCGAAGCCCACGCCCGGUGGGACUUUGACGCCAUCACAGAAAAGGUGUUGACUUCUCAGCGCACACGGCGGAUCGUGUGGGACGCCCUCAAGGAGGGCGAGUUCACCAGCUGGGACUUUGACCCUGUCGAUGACGGCAAGAAGAAGUACAUCCGCUCCACCAUCCCUCUCGACGACCUGGAGCGCCGAGCUCGCUUCCCGUUCGUCGACGCCAACGGGUACGAGAGCAAGGCGGUCUCUUCAGUCCGUAACUCUUAA